UAGCUUAGAUACAUUUUUUCUCGUCCUUACGAGCCAUGUGGCAUCUUCUUCUCUCUCCUCCCCAUCUCUCUCGACGAAAAUUGAUCAAUUUUCUUCUCUUCACAUCUCUCUCUGUCGCUUUCCUUGGCUACUCCUUUGUUCUUGAUCGAUCCUUGGCUACUCCUCUGUUCUUGACAGGUCUCGGAACGUGGCAGUCUGAUCCUGGUCUUGUCGGAAACGCUGUCGAAGCCGCCGCUAAGAUCGGCUAUCGCCACAUUGAUUGUGCUCAAAUCUAUGGCAACGAAAAGGAGGUAGAGCAUUAAUAUGUUUUGAAGCUGUUGAAGAUGUCAUGACUAAGGAGAAUAUUGCUGAGCCAAUGAAGGAUAUCAGAAGAGCUCUCCUUGAAGCAUAUGUGAGCCUUCCUGUUGUUAGAAAGUUUGUUCAAUCUGUAAGUGACCAAGCCGUUCGAAUGGGUGUCAUUCGAGGAUUCAAACCAGAUCAGCAGUUGGUCAAGAUUGUACAUGAUGAGCUAGUGAAGGUGAUGGGUGGAGAAGUAUCUGAGAUACAGUUUGUAAAGUCAGGUCCUACAGUUAUAUUGCUUGCUGGACUCCAAGGAGUUGGGAAGACAACAGUUUGCGCUAAACUCGCUUAUUACCUAAAGAAGCAGGGAAAAUCGUGUAUGCUAAUUGCUGGAGAUGUGUACAGACCUGCUGCCAUUGAUCAACUCGUCAUCUUAGGUGAAAGGAUUGGUGUGCCGAUAUAUACAGCAGGAACUGAAGUAAAACCUGCAGAUAUAGCUAAGCAAGGUCUAAAAGAAACUAAAAUAAAUAAUGUCAAUGUAGUUAUCAUGGAUACUGCAGGAAGGCUUCAGGUAGACAAAGGGAUGAUGGAUGAGUUAAAAGACGUGAAGAGAUUUUUGAACCCCACUGAAACGUUGCUAGUUGUUGAUGCCAUGACUGGACAAGAAGCUGCAUGUAACCUUUGUGCAUGUAGACAUUUACUAAGAGACAAUACAAGUUUCUACCAAUAAUCUUCAAAAAUCAAAAAGUCCUUAACCUUUGUCCCUAACUUAAAAAUACUAAUAAAAUAUGUUAAGGACUUUUAUUUUGUCCCACCAA